AGAGGGCUCCGGGCUGCCCGGCUCGCUAACGAGAGGGCGGGGCCGGAGCCGGAGCAGCGGCAGGAACAGGGGAAGGGGCGGGAGUCGAGGGUGUUCGGCCAGAAGCGUGAAAGGAAAGCAGGAGUCAUGCAGGCUUCAGUAACAUCCCUAGCCGGAAAGGAAGCGGUCCAGGCUGCAGCCAGAGAGCUGCUCAAGUUUGUGAACCGAGGACCCUCCCCCUUUCAUGUGGUGGCUGAAUGUCGAAGCCGACUGCUCCAGGCCGGCUUCCAAGAGCUCAAAGAGACGGAGAAAUGGGACCUUCAGCCGCAACGCAAGUACUUUGUGACCAGGAACUCAUCCACCAUCAUCGCUUUUGCAGUGGGGGGGCAGUAUUGUCCAGGCAAUGGCUUUAGCCUCAUCGGGGCCCACACGGACAGCCCUUCCCUUCGGGUGAAGCGCAAGUCCCGUCGAAACCAUGCAGGCUGCCUGCAGGUUGGUGUAGAAACCUAUGGGGGCGGAAUCUGGAGCACCUGGUUUGACCGUGACCUCACCGUGGCUGGACGAGUUAUUAUCAAGAAUCCUACCUCAGACCGAAUUGAACAGCGGCUGGUGCACGUGGAGAGGCCAAUACUGCGCAUCCCACACUUAGCGAUUCACCUCCAUCGGACUGUCAAUGAGAACUUCAGUCCCAACACGGAGACCCACUUAAUACCCAUUCUAGCCACUGCAGUCCAGGAGGAACUGGAGAAGGGAAUGCCUGAUUCAGGGUCUCCCGCUACCCAGACGGACCGACACCAGUCUGUGCUCAUGUCUCUGCUGGCUGCCCAGUUGGGACAGAGCCCCGAAGACAUUCUGGAAAUGGAAUUGUGUCUUGCAGACACUCAGCCUGCGGUCCUGGGAGGCGUCUAUGAGGAGUUCAUCUUCGCCCCCCGACUAGACAACCUGCACAGCUGCUUCUGCGCCCUCCAGGCUUUGAUUGACUCCUGUGCAUCCCUUGCUUCUGAACCUCAUGUUCGAAUGGUUGCUUUGUAUGACCACGAAGAGGUCGGAUCACAGAGCGCGCAGGGAGCAGAGUCGUUGCUGACCGAGCUAGUGCUUCGGCGCAUCUCGGCCUCCCCCCAGAAUGUGACGGCCUUUGAGGAGGCCAUACCCAAAUCCUACAUGAUCAGCGCCGACAUGGCCCACGCCGUCCACCCUAACUACCAGGACAAACAUGAGGAAAACCACCGACCCUUUUUCCACAAGGGACCUGUCAUCAAGGUGAACAACAAACAACGUUAUGCUUCCAAUGCUGUUUCCGAGGCACUGAUCCGAGAGGUGGCUGCCCGAGUUGGCGUGCCCCUUCAGGAGUUUAUGGUCCGGAAUGACUCCCCCUGUGGCAGCACCAUUGGGCCCAUCCUGGCUACUCGUCUGGGGCUGCGGGUGCUUGACUUGGGCAGCCCCCAGCUGGCUAUGCACUCCAUUCGAGAGAUGGCAUGCACCUCCAGCGUGUUGCAGACCCUUACUCUCUUCAAGGGCUUCUUCGAGCUGUUUCCUGUUGUGAACCGCAGUUUUGCAGUUGAUUGAUGCCUCUCCAGAACUUCUCUUCCCUCCUCACCCCAUUAACUCCAGGAUGUCAGUUCUCAUCUGACCCAGAAUUGAAAUAUUAAAAUAGA